GCCGGCUGGAGGUUUGAGCUUCCGGACCCUGGAAGGGGUCCUGGCGCAUCAGAGGUUGAAGGCAGGAUCCUGGGUUUGGGAGAAAUGGGCAUAAAGGGGUGACUGGACCCAGGACCUCUGGGUGGUUGAGAUGCGCAGCUGCCCCGUCCAGACUAUGGACCCUGAAGUGUCCCUGCUGCUGCAGUGCCCCCCAGGUGGGCUGUGGGAGGAGCAAGUACAGGCUGAGCUGAGCCCAGACUAUGACCGUCGCCCACUGCCAGGAGGGGACAAGGCCAUCGCUGCCAUCUGGGAGAGCCGACUGCAGGCUCAGCCUUGGCUCUUUGACGCCCCCAAGUUCCGCCUGCACUCAGCCAUCCUGGCCCCCAGUGGCUCACAGGGGCCACAGCUGCUCCUGCGCCUGGGCCUGACUUCCUACCAAGACUUCCUGGGCACUAACUGGGCCAGCUCAGCUGCCUGGUUGCGACAGCAGGGGGCCGCUGACUGGGGUGACAAGCAGGCCUAUCUGGCAGACCCGCUGGGGGUUGGCGCCACACUGGCCACCGCUGAUAAUUUCCUCGUCUUCCUGCGUCGCUCUCAGCAGGUGGCUGAGGCACCUGGGCUGGUGGAUGUGCCCGGUGGGCACCCUGAGCCUCAGGCCCUGUGCCCUGGUGACGGCCCCCUGCACAAAGAGCUUCCUGGGGAGCUGGUGGUGCACGAGCUCUUCUCCAGUGUUCUCCAGGAGAUCUGUGAUGAGGUGAACGUGCCGCUGCACACCCUGAGCCAGCCCCGGCUAUUGGGCAUUGCUCGCAAUGAGACCAGUGCCGGCCGUGCCAGUGCUGAGUUCUAUGUCCAGUGCAGCCUGACUUCUGAGCAAGUGAAGACGCACUACGUGAGUGGGGGACCUGAGGCCCAUGAGUCCACGGGAAUCAUCUUCGUGGAGACACAGAGGGUGCGGAGGUUGCAGGAGACCGAAAUGUGGGCUGAGCUCUGCCCCUCGGCCAAAGGCGCUAUUUUCCUCUACAACCAGGUCCAGGAAGUCCCCGCCCAUUCGCCCUAGACCCCAACCCUAUCACAACUUGAAAGACAAUAAAGGAUUUUAUUCUUGGA